AUGCCAGAGGAGAUGAACCUCAGUGACGUGAAGCAAAUCCAUCAAACAGACGGUGGUAGUACUUUAGACACAACUGGAGCAGGAUGUACGGCCGCAACUGAAACUAUGUCACUGACUCUGAUGGGUGUAGUGAUGUCAUUUCCUGGGCUUUGGUAA